CUACCCGUACCGGUAUGAAUACCGGCCGGAAUCCUCGGUUCUCGCCUCUCGGCGGAUGGUUCGAAAAUCUCUGGAGCGAUACAUCGCACUAGCUAGCUAGCUAUUACCCCAAAGAUUCACUCUUUCAAUAAAAAAGAUCCACCAUGGCAAGCGAAUAAGUGAAGCGCUCGAUCACACGGCAACAGGCCACAAAGAAUCGAAGGCCUUGACAAGGUCAUCACUUCAACACUAAAUUUUGAUUGGGAGUCUAUGCAGCUGCGGGAGGGAAAGGUCCAGUGGAGACAUCUUUGGAAGAUGGACAUGGAUCGUUUUUUUGGUAGAGGUAGCAGAAACAAUCAUCAUGCCACUAUCCUCGACCAGCGGCCGCCCAACCGGUACUUCUGGCGUCUUCCAUUCUGCCAGUGAAUGGAAGGAAAGCGAAGAGUCUGUAGCAGAGGUUUUGGCCAAGGACAAGGUAGAUAUUGUGGUGCCCAAUGCCUCCAUUAGACGAAACACAGUGGAAAAACUGACCCAGUUCUACACCGAAAAGCUACUCCAAUCACAGCGUCGACUCACAAAGUUGUACGGGCGAGACAUGGAGAUUCAGGUUUUGAAACAGCAGUUUGAAAAGUUGUGCGGCGACAAGAGGUAUCGUUCGUUGGUGCUCAUUGGUGGCAUGUCAGGAGAGGGGAAAACAGCACUAGCACUGCAGCUUCAAAAGUCUGCACAUGCAAGUAGAUUCAUUGGCAAACGGCCCAUUUUUGUGCUUGGCAAGUACGACCUGGCUACUUUGGGGGAACCCUACUCGGGAAUCAAGGCAGCCCUAGGCGACCUUUGUCGGGAGCUUUCCAAGUUUCCUGUGGAUUCAUUGAAUCAAAUCCGAAAGGACGUUCAAAAGAAACUCAGCUGGGAAACUGACCUUCUUUGUCAGAUUGUCCCUGAGUUAAGAGUGCUGAAGAGCGGACAGCAAAAGUCGCCAGAAACUGAAAACGAAGAUGCGACGCACAGUGCUAAUACCCAAAGCAACAACACCGUGCCGGCAAAGAGGAAUCCGUCUACAAGAUUGGGCAUGACCAGGAGCCAGAGAAGCCUACGAUUCAUUGUUGACGACAAGUUCGAAACCGGUGCUGGAAGUGCCGAUCGACUGAAGUAUGCGCUGCGCAAACUGAUCAAUGUUGUCACCAGCUUAGUGCCUCUUGUCUUUGUUUGCGAUGAUAGCCAGUGGGCUGGCAAUGCCGACCUAAGUCUCAUGCAAGCAUGGAUUACAGACGAAGCCAACCAAUCUCUCCUGCUAAAAUGGACCUACCGUAAGAACAUGGUUGGACCAGACCACAAAGUCAGCAAGGCCGUCAAGGAGAUUCAAGGCAUACAGGAAGAGCGAUCCAUCGAUUGCAUUCACACUAUUGAUGUUGGGGGGUUACAGGAAGCUGAUGUUGGUGAAAUGAUUGCCGACACCUUGGAUGUUGACGUGGAAAAGUCAAAGCAGUUGACCAAGAUAAUCCACCACAAAACUUGCGGGAACGUUUUCUUUGUCAGGCAGUACUUGCUGUCUUUGGCUCGAAAGGGAUUUUUAUCAAUCAACAUGGCUACCAUGCGUUGGGACUGGGACGAGGAAGAAAUCCGUGCUGGAUCAACCGCCACUGAAAACGUAGUUGACUUGAUGAAAGAGAAGGUUCAGCUAUGCGCACCGGCACUGAAAAUACUGCCGCUAGCAGCACUUCUUGGGGCUACGUUUGACACUGAUGUCCUGGACAACGUCAUUCAAGGGAUGAAGGAGGCCGAAUUGUCCAAUGAUCAACGGAUAGCAGACAUAUUCUCGAAUGCUCUUGGCGCAUGCUACGGCAAGGAUCUGGAUACAGAGCAGCUGGAACACAUUGAAAGAGAAGGCUUAAUCGAAAAAGCUGGCGCCAAUUGCUACUCUUUCAUCCAUGACAAAGUCAUUGAAGGCUCCCUUGCUGUUAUACCAGAAGAUCAGCUGGACAAUCUACGGUUUGGCAUGGGCUUGGUACUCUUCGAUCGACUGAAACCCAUCGGAGAUGCUAGCAAAAGGGCAGAGGAAAGUGCCUUUCUGCUGGUGAAUCUGCUAAACGCUGGUCUUGGCGCGAUUUCACCGCACCAAAAGCCGGUGAUUUGUCAGCUGAACCUCGAGGCUGGGGAUAAAGCGUUCGCGGCAGCGGCCUAUUCGCGUUCGGCUGACUACUACGCUGCUGCCAUCAAACUUCUUCCGCAAGACCAUUGGGAGUCGAUGUUCGACACCAGCAUGCAGCUCUACAUUGCGGCAGCUGAGUCUGAGAUGUGCCUUGGUAACUACGAACACAUGCAGGCUUAUGCGAAAGGUCUCCUUGAGCGGGGCUUCGCCGUUUUGGACCAGCUACCAAUGUACAAAAUCCUUAUUGAUGCGCAUACUUCCAAAGCAGAGUUACAGGAGGCGUGGUAUUUGAAUGAUGACGUGCUGCGUCAGAUUGGGUUCCAAUUUCCCAGAUCCGGGCUCAAAGCAAGGACUAAAGCUGCACUCUUGAGUCUGAAACUCACGAAAAAGAGAUGGAAACCGGAUGCCCUGAGCAAGCUUCCUGUGACUGAAGAUCCUAUGGAUGAAGCGAUCAGCCAACUGUCAGAUUUCUUUAUAAUCGCAGUCCAAGCUGUCAGUCCAGACGGCUUCCAUCUGGCCAUCAUCACCCACUGCAGGCACAUACUGGAUCGGGGCUUGAACAAAUACGCCGCAGUUCCCCUCGCAUGGCUCGGGCUGAUAAUCAUCAACAAACUUGGCGACUUCCAAUGGGCCAAAGAGCAUGCUGAAUUCACACACAAUCUACUGCAAAGACUUCCGAAUCGGCGGAUCGAGACUCAAGUGGCUAUGGUAACAAACAUCUUCGUUCUUCACUGGACGGCCCCAAUCCACAAUUCGAUCAAUCCAUUGAUCGAGGCGUACUCUCGAGGUAUGGAAACAUGUGAUCUGAGCAGUGGGUUCUGGUGCGCGCAGUUUUACCACGAAGCUUCACUUUACAGUGGCAAGAACUUGGCUCUUCUGCAGAGAGACGCUGAAAUCUUUAGUAAACAGGAGAAGGACCACGGCAUGUUGAAACACUUGGACUGCAUACAGAGCGUUCUACAGCUCAUACUGAACCUGAGAGGGCAGUCAAACAAUACAAUCAUCCUGUCGGGAUCUGCUCACGAUGAACCCGCGGUGCUCGAAGCGCUCGAAAAGACACCGGACUUUCACCACUUGAGUCAUCUACAGAAGGACCGACUCUUCGCUGCUGCAUUUUUCAGCGAGUUCGAACAUGGCGCAGAUCUCGGUAUGGCCAACGUUGAAAUGAUUUGCCAUGUCCUAAGCGGUCAACAUUCCACCUUGAUAGCGCGGUUCGCUGCGGGCUUAUGUUGCUUUGUCAUGGCGAGAAAACGUAAGAAGAAAUACUUGAAAGCGGCGCUGCAGAACCUCAGGGUGGUACAGACAUGGUUCGAGAAGGGGAAUCCAAAUGCACAGCACUACCUUCUCUUUCUCAAGGCAGAAAAGGCCGUUUACGAAGGCAAGCAAGAUCUGGCGCUGGCAUUUUAUGAUCGCACGAUUGUGUUGGCAGGACGAUCUGGGUACAAUCACGACAGAGCACUUGCCUGUGAGAGACGUGCUGAAUACUUUGUUGAGCUCGGAGACAACGAGCGCGCCAAGCAUGAAUUUCAAGAUGGCCUCCAGCUUUACGGAGAGUGGGGUGCGGCCAAGAAAGUCGAAUUGCUGCGGGAACGCGUCCAGUGCUUGUUGCUCCCGUAGUGGGUGGAGACCCAAUGGCAAGUAACCUUUUAGUGUUGCCGGCUCAAUCCAAUGGACUACAUUCCUGCAAAGCUUGCCAGCAUCAACGCAGCAUCCACAACUCCAGCAUUUGCAGAGGCAACAUAGAUCUAUCAACUCCCUUGGAGAAAGGCAAGAAUGCUUCCUCAUCCAUAUCCACCUCAAAGAAGGCAGUGUUGACAUGGAUGCAGAGUAACUUGAGGGGAGAUGUGAUCAAGUGGGUGAAUUCGUCCGCAUUUUGUCAGUGUGGUGAGCGUAGUUGCUUGAGAUGGCAAGAAUGUCAUUGGCAACAAUGGUUCCAUUCUCGGUGGCAGGAGAGAAGCCUCCCAUGAGCUUGACAGUGUUAAUCACAGUCACUCUGGUUGUCUUGGUAGUGGUGGAAUGACCAGGCUCCAUAAGGGACAAGUAGUCACCAACCUUAACAUGGCCAGCCUCCGCAGGGUACUGCUGGUCAUUGAUGUAGAUCAUGUGCUUGGGGGUAAUCUCAAUCCUGUUUCCAGAGUCUGUGACAAUCUCGAGGUACUUUGAUUCCCUGGCCUGACUUGCAGCAAGCUUCUCAGGUGUCCUGUGGAGCCAAGCAUAUAUCUUUUGGAACUGGAAAGAGGAAGUCAACACCAGGUCAUUGAACUUCAGCUCAUGCAUUCUCUUGGGCCCCUCAGGUGUCAUGGUCGUCAUGGAGGCAGAGAAGCAGUCAUAGUAGUUUCUGCAAACACAGGAACCUGGACACUGAGCAUUAACAUUCGUGUAGUCUCGGUACCUGCAGUGGGCACCACCACUCUCAAGAGGGUAAUCACAAUCUGUGUCUACAUUACAUGCGCAAUGUUUGUCUCCCUAUGUAGGGAUACGAUAGAGAUUGGACUAUGCCAUUAAAACUGGAAAAUGAAGGUUCUAUAAACUAAUUAAGGGUAGGAAUAACAAGAAGUGAAUGAGAGCU